CGGUUGCAUCAGCGUAAAUAGUUGAUUCACAGACCGGUUUUGAUCACUCUUCUCAGUUAAAGCGCUGUGUCUGCCUCACCUGUCGAAGUAGGUUAAUUCAAGAGCGUCCUAAAGUGACAGAGGGUCAAAUGAAACUGUAUAUUUCUGAGGGGAACCCGCACUGUAUUAAAGCACUAGCGGUGCUGGAACUCACUGGAGUGAAAUGUGACAUAGAAGUGAUCAGCCACGAGGAGAAAGUGGUCCCGCACCUGAGCCGUCCGGUGUCGCCCGUCCUGCUGUUACCCAGCGGCCAACAUCUCUUCAGUCCCAACAGCAUCUGCCAAUACCUGUAUGAUGUCAGCGGUCAGGCUUCGACUGACGCCACGAGCCAGUGGCUGGAAUGGGAGGCCACACAUUUACAG